AUGGGUUUUGCAGGCACGAUUCCUCCACAACUGGGAAACCUGUCGUUCCUUGUUUCUCUCGACAUGAGCAACAACAAUUUUCAUGGUCAUUUGCCAGAAGGAAUGUCUCAUUUGCAUCGACUAAGUUUCAUGGCUUUAGGCAACAACAUUCUCACGGGAGAAAUUCCAUCAUGGUUAGGUGUCUUGGAUAGACUUCAAUAUCUGUCCUUGAGAGAGAAUAAUUUUGUUGGCCAUUUUCCUGCUAACAUAUGCGACAAUCUUCCAAAUCUAAAAGAGCUCGAUCUGUCUUGGAAUCAAUUGAGUGGCCAGAUACUAUCAGGUUUAUCAAACUGCUCCGGACUCAAGUCGUUAGAUUUGUCAGCCAACCAGUUCAAUGGUUACAUACCAAAAGCGGUGGGGAACCUGAAAAUGCUUGAGGAGCUACAUCUCUAUUAUAACAAUUUGGAAGUUUACCGUAAUAUUAACACUUUUUGGGCAUAG